AGAGAGAGAAAGCAAGCGAGAGCGAGAGAGAGAGGGGAAAAAAGAGAGACCUCUGCUCACUCACUCACACACUCUCUCUCUCUCUCUGUCCAGUUAUCUCCACAUUCACAGCCGCCAUUCUCUCCAUUUCUUCAUUUCAUUGCAAACAGGCCCUCAGAUUGGAUGGCCUUUUGUUGGCAGUGAGGAGGGCAGGCGACUGGCUUCUUUAGAACAAUCUAGCAGAAGAUCUUUCCCUUUUUUUUUUUCUGUUGCCGCUUUCUGUUUUCUGGUUUUGCGGCUUCCAUUUGGUGGAGCUCAAUUGUGCCGUCCUUAAGCAGCCUGUGGAUCAAUUCCAGUCGAAUCCAGUUUGACUGUUCUGUCCUAUUUUUGUAUUUUUUAUUUAUUUCUUGGUUCCUGGUUGACCGAUUAUCGUCAUAACGACAUCUACCCAAAGCUGACAGCUCGGACCUUUCCGUGACCACACCACACCUUUCACCUUUCUCACGCAAGGAGUGAAAUCCUGGUGAACGGAGGAGGUUCACAAGCCAUGGCCCACAUGUGAAAUCCUGAUGGCACUCCUACCAGCCUCAUUAUAGGCCAGCAGGGAAAGGCCUGCCAAGGCAUGAUUAUUGUUUUUUUAACAUCCAGCACUUCAGCAACACAGUUAAUGGCAAUCACUCACUACACCGACAGAAUCGCGCCUUGUUGGUGGUAGCCAUUGCACCAGGCAGAGCACUUAGCACAAGAGCCGGACUGUUGAGGCCUACUUGUGAUCAGUUUGGCUGAGGAGGAGAUCAAGACAGAGUCUGAUGCGGUUGAAGGGAUGGAGGCGCCUAAGGUUCCUGAUCUAGGGUCAGCAGAGGCGGCGCUGGCCGCUCAGAAACGGAAAGCACCCAGUCCGCCUCACUCGUCUAAUGGACAUUCACCUUCUGACACAUCACCCAGUGCCGCCAAGAAGAAAAAGAAGCCUGGAUUAGUCGGCGGCAACAAUAAAGAUCAGUGUGAGCUAAGACAUGGUCCCUUUUACUAUGUCAAGCAGCCAGCACUCACCACAGACCCUGUUGAUGUUGUGCCGCAGGACGGGAGGAACGACUUCUACUGCUGGGUGUGCCACCGCGAGGGCCAGGUGCUCUGCUGUGAGCUCUGCCCGCGCGUCUACCACGCCAAGUGCCUCAAACUGGCCGCCGAGCCUGAGGGCGACUGGUUCUGUCCCGAGUGUGAGAAAAUAACAGUAGCAGAAUGUAUCGAGACUCAGAGCAAAGCCAUGACCAUGCUGAAUCUGGAGCAGCUGUCCUACCUGUUGAAGUUUGCCCUGCAGAAAAUGAAGCAGCCUGGAACGGAGCCGUUUCAUAAGCCUGUGUCUCUGGAACAACAUCCAGACUACGCUGAGUACAUCUUCCACCCCAUGGACGUGUGCACCUUAGAGAAGAAUAUCAAGAAGAAGAUGUACGGCUGCACAGAAGCUUUCCUGGCAGAUGUGAAAUGGAUCCUGCACAACUGUAUCAUUUAUAAUGGAGGGAAUCAUAAACUGACUGCAACAGCAAAGGUUAUCGUGAAGAUCUGUGAGCAUGAAAUGAAUGAAAUUGAAGUUUGUCCAGAGUGCUACUUGUCAGCUUGCCAAAAGAGAGACAACUGGUUUUGUGAACCUUGUUCUCAGCCCCAUCCUCUGGUCUGGGCUAAACUGAAAGGCUUUCCCUUCUGGCCGGCUAAAGCUCUGAGGGAUAAGGACGGUCAAGUUGACGCUCGAUUCUUUGGUCAGCAUGACAGAGCGUGGGUGCCCAUCAACAACUGCUACCUCAUGUCAAAAGAGAUUCCCUUCUCCGUGAAAAAGACCAAGAGCAUUUUUAACAGUGCCAUGCAGGAGAUGGAGGUCUAUGUGGAAAACGUUCGCAAGAAGUACGGCGUCUUCAACUACGCGCCGUUCCGAACACCCUACACCCCCAACAACCAGUUCCAGAUGCUGCAGGACCCCAGCAACCCCAAGAAAGGCACGGUCAUGGGGGAGAAGCAGGACAAAGUCAAGUUCAACUUCGACAUGACCGCAUCUCCCAAAAUGCUCAUGAGCAAGAGUAUGAUGCCGGCAGGGGCGGGGCGUCGGAUCUCCAUGACGGACAUGCCCCGGUCUCCAAUGAGCACCAACUCCUCCGUCCACACGGGGUCAGACCUGGAGCAGGACGCGUCAGAACGAGGAACAAAACUACAGUCCAGUCACUGCAGCGCAGGAGAGGACUCCAUGGACUGCACAGCAUCACCGGCAUCUCAGAAAACCACAGGAAGCCCCAAACCUGUCCUGCCAGCACCUCUCAAACAGGAAAGAACCCAGACCACAGGAAGCAUUCUCAACCUCAAUCUUGACCGCAUUAAAGCAGAGAUGGACCUAAAAGAGCUGAGCGAAUCUGUACAGCAACAGCAACAGCAGCAGGGGGCUUCUGUAGUCCUUACCUCCCCAAAGAAACCCACCAGGAGCCUCGACAAGACUAUAGAGAGCUGCAAGGCCCAGUUAGGCAUUCAAGAAAUCUCAGACGACGUGUACCGGGGCGUGGAUCACAGCGACUCGGAUGAUUCCGACAAGUCAGACUCCAGCGACAGCGAAUAUGCAAGCGAAGAGGAGCACGGACCAAAGGAGAGCAAUCAAGACAAUGGUGCCCAUAAAGACUCUAAAAAGAGACCCAGAACUCCCACCUCUCAGCCACAGGACAACAAGGCUGCACAUCCUCCACCCCCGGCAGAAAAGGCGACUCCUGAGCCACCCGCCAAAAAGAAAGCCAGUGCUGUUGUGGAGAAGGAACUGAAGGAGCCUCAGGAGAAGCCCAAGACCACUCAACAGCAGCCGGCGCAGAAAGAGAAGCCUUCAGCUGGUCAAUCAGGGAAGACGGCCAGGGAGCGGGACCCGGACUCGGACUCUGAAAGAGAGCUAGUGAUCGACCUCGGUGAUGAGCAUGGAGGACGAGAGCGGAAAAGGCCAAAGAGAGAAACACCGUCAGCUCCCAGCUUAGCGACCAAAGACACAGCAGCCGUCAAACCUGAAGGAAAAACACAAACAGCAGCUCCAUCAUCAGGCUCUCCAUCCACAGCCACCAGUGCAUCACCCUCAACCCCCAGUACAAAAGACUCGGCUCAACCAGCUGCCAAGCCUCCAAGCAUCUCCACCCAGCAACCCACCUCCACCUCCAGCAACACGACGCCCUCAGCUUCACAGCCAGGUGUACCGGCUGUUCCCUCAGCAGCCAACUCCAGCUCCACCGCGGUGAAGAAACAGCGCCCUCUGCUGCCCAAGGAGGCAGCCCAGGCCGGCCAGUCGGCUGUGGUUUGGAACCAGGCUGGGAAUAAGUUACAGACGUCCUCUCAGAAAUGGCACAUGCAGAAGGUCCAGCGACAACAACAACAACAGCAACAGCAACAAGGUGCACAACCAGCCUCACAACCAGCCCCACAGGCCCAGCCACCGAGUCCAGCAGCCACUAGCAGCGCCAGCGCCAGUGCCAGCGCAAGUGCCAGCACCCGCUACCAGACCAGGCAAUCUGUAAAAGGUAAUGCAGCUGUUCAACAGAAGGACAGCUCCUCUAAUUCUGCACUGUCUGGAGAUUUUCUUCCCUCUGCUGACGUGGCUGCUGAUAUCGCCAAAUACACGUCCAAAAUGAUGGAUGCAAUUAAAGGAACAAUGACUGAGAUCUACAACGACCUUUCUAAAAGCACCACAGGAAACACUAUUGCUGAGAUCCGAAGGCUGAGGAUAGAGAUUGAAAAACUCCAGUGGCUGCAUCAGCAAGAACUUUCAGAGAUGAAACAUAAUUUAGAGUUAACGAUGGCGGAGAUGAGGCAGAGUCUGGAGCAGGAGCGGGAGAGGCUGGUGUCGGAGGUGAAGAAGCAGAUGGAGCUGGAGAAACAGCAGGCUGUGGAUGAGACUAAGAAGAAGCAGUGGUGUGCCAACUGUAAGAAGGAGGCCAUUUUCUACUGCUGCUGGAACACUAGCUACUGUGAUUACCCCUGCCAGCAAGCUCACUGGCCUGAACACAUGAAGUCUUGCACGCAGUCAGCUACAGCAUCUCAGCAAGAAGAGGAGGAUUCCUCUACAGCUCCAGCUGCAAAGCCUUCAGGACAAUCACCUAAAGCCCAGAUCUCACCCCCGGCCAACAAACCCUCACCCCCACAAAAAAGCUCCCCACCCACAGCAGAGAACACUAGGGGGAGCACUGCUGCCGCAGUGUCCUAAGCAGACAACUACAGACGUUAUACUGUACAUUUCGACUAUAGAGCUCCUCUAUAGAUGAGUCUGAACUUUUUAAAGGCUGAGGGACCGUUCUGGGCUCGUUCUGGAUUGGAGUCUGCUGGUGAUUCUUCUAUUUCUCCUCCUCUUCUCAAAGCUCUGAUCACAAGGACUUUGGAAACGUACACUCCUCUCCUGCCCAGCUCACUACACCCACGGGCAUAAGAUGGUGCUUGACUUCUUUUCAUGUAUAUUACUGACCGUCAUUUAAUGUUGUUUUUUUAAUCUACACAAGAUUGUUUUUGUACAAAUGUUAAAACAAACUUUCAUAAAAAGAUAUGCAAAUAUAAUACUGUUCUGGUUGUUUUACAUGCAGUUUGGUUUUUGUAUAGUGCAAAAGCGAAUGGAUUCUUCUGCUCUGUAACUGUUUUUUUAAUGUGGCUGCCGCACUCGGGUGCCUCCGGAUGGGUGGAGCAUACUUUUAAUCUUUGAGGCUUUGGAUCUUGUGAACAUGCUGUGAUUUUACGAAUUCGCAACCUGUUAAGGAACGAUUGUUGAUUCUCAUGGAUUUCCACUACAUCCCCUUUUCCAGGAGGACCCUGCAACACUCUGUGUAGCCGGUUUCAUAAUCUUCUUCAUCCUGACAAAAGAAUGGUUCAUUUAAAGUUGGGAAAAACUUGACUGAGUUACUGAGCAUUUCAUUUCAACUUUUAGCUCCUGGCAUCCCUUGUUUACAUAUUGUAAAUAGCAAAAGAAUUAAAGGAGACAACUAUCUGUAAGAAAAAAAAAAAAAACAUUUGAGUCGUC